AAAGGUGGGCUCGUCCCACUGCACCCUCCAACCUAUCCCAGUCUGUACCCCAGAUCAAACCUGUCCAGCAAAAUGUCCUCAGGUCUCUCCAAGGCGCUCUAUGAUACCGACCCCUCGAAGGCACACAACCCCCUUGACAAGAAAGACGCUCAGACUCAUCCUAAUACCGUCGAUGCUGCCCAUCUCGAGCACAGGGCGAGGGAAAAGGCGGAGGAAGAGACCAAUAUGAAGAACCGGAAGCCGACUGAGCUGGCCCAAGAUCAUGGGAAUAAGCCCAGCCGCGGUGCGGAGAUCGACGAGGAACUCAGAAAGGAUGACGAGCUGAGGAUGAAGGAGAAGGGGAUCAUUCAGUAGAAGACACCGUAUGACUGUAUAGCGGCCCCAUCGGAGAGAUAAUCAACGCGGCAUCCGUAACCAAGCUCAUU